CAGUACCAAGCAGUGUCUAAAUGCAUGCUGUAGAUUCUGCCAGCAACACUGAACAGGACUGCAGAUGCAGCAUCACAAUGCAGGGAUCUAAGACAGACAUUGGAAUCGAAGACCCUUAGAAUCUGGGAGAAUUGGGGAAAGGAUUUAGGAGCAAAAAAAAAGGGGGGGUGGGGUGGGGUGGCGGCAGGGCAGUAUCGUCAACCCCUCCUACAUCCCCAAAAAAAUAAAAUAUUCGAGGUUCAGGGUGACUGUUGACUGCGCAGGACAAAAUCAACGAGGAAUUCUUUGUUGAUUUUGAUUUUUUUUUUGCUAUUUCUAGAGCAACUGGGCCUAUCAGUGGAUAUAUCAAAUGGGAUAUUGAUAUAUACUAAAAGGAAAAUAUAUUCUACAGCCCGGCUGGUUUAACACCAAGAAGAUUGCAGUAGUAGCAUGCAAAAAAGGGGCCAGAUUUAAUAGACUCUGUGUAAUCGAGGAAGAAAGAGUGCAUGAAUUGUGCUUCAGUGGCUGGACAGAAUCCCCAUUUGUAUUUUUUUUUUUUAAGAAGACAGGUUUGCUGACUGCUGAAGACUUCCUCCACCCUCUUCCCCAGCCCCCUGUGUCCCACUCCCCCAUACACGGUCUCCCACACUUGGGCUGCGUGCUCCAGAAUGCCCCCUGAAGUCCAGACCCCUGAAUACUGUCUCUCUGUUUCCUAGCUGGACGACUGGGUCGCGGAGAAGAUGCUGAUGGCUCGCGACACAUCUCGCGACGAGGCCCAUAAGCUGCACAAGAAAUGGCUCAAGCACCAGGCUUUCAUGGCUGAGCUAGCCCAAAAUAAGGACUGGCUGGAGAAGAUAGAGAAGGAGGGCCAGCAGCUGAUACAGGAGAAGCCAGAGCUGGGCUCCAUCGUGCGGAAGAAGCUGGGUGAGAUCCGGCAGUGCUGGAUGGAGCUCGAGUCCACCACACAAGCUAAGGCCCGGCAGCUCUUUGAGGCUAACAAGGCAGACGUGUUGGUGCAGAGCUACACGGAGCUGGAUCAGCAGCUGCUCCAGCUCGAGGGGCGUCUGGGCCAGGUGGACCAGGGCCGAGACCUCACCGGUGUCAACAAGCAGCUGAAGCAGCUCCAGGCCAUGGAGGCACAGAUGGAGGAUUGGUAUAAGGAAGUGGGGGAGCUGCAGGUGCAGGCGACCUCCAUCCCCCAGCAGGGGGCGAUCAAGGACAGCGUUAACCAGAAGCAGAACGUGGUGGAGACGCGGAUCAUCCGGCUGAUUGAGCCCCUCAGAGAGAGGCGGCGCAUACUGCUGGCAUCCAAGGAGGUGCACCAAGUCAGCCGCGACCUGGAGGACGAAAUCCUGUGGCUUCAGGAGAGACUUCCCUUGGCAACCUCUAAAGAGCACGGGGACAGCCUGCAGGCUGUACAGCAGCUCAUGAAGAAGAAUCAGUCUCUGCAGAGGGAGCUCCAGGGACACAGGGGGAGGGUGGAAGACGUGCUGGACAGGGCCGGGCUGAUCGCCUCCAUUCGCAGCCCCGAGACGGACUCUGUGCGUUCCAACCUGGACUGCCUGCAGCAGCUGUGGGACACCUUGCGCUCAGAGACAGAGCAGCGGCAGAUCACCCUGGACGGCAUGUACCAGGCUCAGCAGUACUACCUCGACGUGGCUGAGGUGGAAACGUGGCUGAGCGAACAGGAGCUGCACAUGAUGGACGAGGAGAAAGGCAAGGAUGAGGCCAGCACCUUACAGCUGUUAAAGAAGCACCUGGCUCUGGAGCAGACCAUCGAGGAUUACGCCGAGACCAUCGGCUUGCUGUCCCAACAGUCUCGCUCUCUCCUGGAGCUGGAACACCCAGACAGCGAGCAGAUCAGCAAGCGACAGCUCCAGAUUGACCGGCUCUACGUGUCUCUGAAGGACCUGGUGGAGGAGCGCAAGGGGAAGCUGGAGCAGCAGUACUGGCUCUACCAGCUGAACAGGGAGGUGGAUGAGCUGGAGCAGUGGAUAGCUGAGAAGGAGGUGGUGGCAGGGUCACCAGAGCUGGGACAGGAUUCCGAGCACGUCACGCUGCUCCAGGGGAAGUUCACAGAGUUUGCCUCGGAGACGGGCUCUCUCGGUCAGGAACGGGUGUCGGCGGUCAACCAGAUGGCGGACGAGCUGAUCGACUACGGCCACGCGGACGCGGCCACCAUCGCGGAGUGGAAGGACGGGGUGAACGAGGCCUGGGCUGACCUGCUGGAGCUCAUGGAGACCCGGGCGCAGAUGCUGGCCGCCUCUCACCAGCUGCACAAGUUCUUCGACGACUGCCGAGAGGUGCUCUCGCAGAUCGAGGACAAGCAGAAGAGGCUGCCCGAGGUGCGGGCCCGCCAAAGGGGCAGCGCCAACACCAGCACCCUGCAGAGAUUCUUGCAUUCCUUCGAGAGGGACAUCCAGCAGGUUGUUUCCCAGGUAAGACAGCUUCAGGAAAGCGCGGCUCAGCUGAGGACGGUCUACGCCGGCGAGAAAGCAGAAGCCAUCGCCGGGAGGGAGCAGGAAGUGAUGCAAGCCUGGAAGGAGCUGGUGAAUUCCUGCGAGGAGUGCCGGGUGCAGAUCACCACAGCGACGGACAAGCUGCGCUUCUUCGGAAUCGUGCGGGACCUGGUUUCGUGGAUGGACGGCGUCAUCUCUCAGAUCGGCACGGGAGAGAAACCCAGCAGGGCUUUGCUGAGGAUAAAUUAUCUAAGGGACGUAUCGUCGGUCGAGGUGAUGAUGAAUUACCACCAAGGGCUGAAGAACGAGAUGGAAGCCCGCAACAAGAGCGUGAUGCAGUGCGUGGAGAUGGGCAAGAUGCUGCUGGCAGCCAGGAACCCAGUAGCAGAGGAGAUUAAGGAGAAACUGGAGAAGGUGAUUGCAAAGCAGAAAGAGCUGUCGGAGAAAUGGGAGAAGCAUUGGGAAUGGCUGCAGCAUAUGCUGGAGGUGCACCAGUUUGCCCAGGAAGCUGUGGUGGCGGACGCCUGGCUCGCCGCCCAGGAGCCCAUCAUCAAAAGCCAGGAGCUGGGCAGCAGCGUGGACGAGGUGGAGCAGCUCAUCCGCCGGCACGAGGCCUUCCGCAAAGCAGCUGCAACCUGGGAGGAGAGGUUCAGUUCACUGAGGAAACUUACCUCGCUGGAGAAGUUGAAAGCCGAGCAGAGUAAGCUGCCCCCGACGCCAAUGCUGGGGCGCAAGGUCUUCGUGGACCCCCAGGAGGCUAGCCCAGCUUGGACCCCCUCCUCAGUCAUGAGGCAGACCAUCUACGAGCAGGUCGAACCCAAAACCGAGAGGCAUCUGGAAAUUGCCUCCUCUUCCGCCAAGAAGCUGGGCUCCACCGUGGCUUCCUCCUACGUGCCAGCGAUGAAUGGGACGAAAUACAUGGGCUUGGACCCCCGAAACGAACCAAAAAUAGCCUACUUCCGUCAGGAACUGAAUCAAGAGAGACUGCAGCCUAGGAUCGACCACCUGGCAGACUGCGUCCAGCCAACUUUGGAAGCCAAGAAACUGGAACGAGAAAAACAAGAGCAAAGAUUGACCAACCCGCACCAGGAGGGGGCUCGAGAGCUGGUCAAUGGGACCCAAGAGCAUGUAGGUGUGAGGGCAAGCCGAUCAGACCUGCAGACUGAGAAGAGGAGGCAGGAGAGACAGACUUCCAGCGACCAGGAGGUCCGGGCCAGGAGAGACGAGCUGCCUCAGGAGAGGAGGAGGCGCGACCGGAGGCUGGAGAGGCAGUCGUCCAGCGAGGAGGAGGCUCCACCAAGGAAGGAGGAGCUGCGGAGGGAUAGGCACGAACGGAAGCUGGAGAGACAGGAGUCCAGCGAACAGGAUCGCUCUGAGAAGCGGACAGGAGGGGAGAAGCGGUCGACUCUAGCUGAUAUCGUGGAACAGCUGCAGGAGAGAGAGCAGUCCCAGGCACCAGCUCAGGUCCGAGAGAGGGACUCCGGAUCUCGCCUGCACAACGGGCUUCCGGAGCGCACUCCCAGACCGGACCGCCCGCGAGCCAGGGACCGUCCCAAACCUCGAAGGAGACCCCGGCCCAAAGACCCCAGCACUGGUCCCGGAGAGACGCGCCGCUCCCGCUCAGCCCCGGCCCAGAGCACAUGCUCCGCUCCUCCAGCUCCUCCCUCUCACACAGUUCAGCAGGAGGGCUGCAUGUUCCGUAAGCAGGACGGGGAGAUCGAAAAGAAAUCUUCAAACAGGUCCUGGGUAAACCUGUACUGCAUUGUGACAAACGGAGAGAUGGGCUUCUAUAAAGACGCUAAGAACACCACGACUACCUUCAAUGGGGAGCCAAUCAUCAGCCUGAACAACUGCAUCUGUGACGUGGCCAACGGAUACAAGAAGAAGAAGAACGUCUUCAAACUCAAGACAACAGAAGGAACCGAGUUUUUUUUCCACACGAAAGAUGAGACUGAUCUGAAGAACUGGGUCGAGACGAUAACGACCGCCAUCUCGGAGCACGAGGAGAUCGCGAAAUGGGCCCAGACCCAGCCUACUACCUCUUCGACGGACGACGGGAACUCAAGGAAGACCAUGGAGGAGCGCCGCCUCAGUGUCUCGUCCAAAAAGAAAUGAGCGGGGAGCAAGACGAGGGGUUCCCCUUCUCACGGGAUGGUCCUGCGUUCAGUCUUCCCCCCUGUGCAUGCACGCACGCACAUGUGUGUGUGUGUGUGUUCCCCACCACCCCACCCCUCUCUCUCUCUGUCUCUCCUGUCUCUCUGUCUCUCUCGCAGGGAGCAGAAAAGAGCCUAGGACAAGCAACGGCACCAACUCUUAGACACUGAUGCUCCGCAAUUCUGUAGCUCAACGUCUGUCUUGAAACACUGAAGCACAUGUCAAAGAUUCAUAAGCUCUGCCGUGACAGGUUACCGGUACGUUACAAAAAUGAAUAAAGGCAACCCAUGCCGGUUUGAACGUGUAUUUAAAUGCAAGCAGAGUAGUUUUAAUAAUAUAUUUAUUUACUGACAGCUGUUAUUAACUGCAUUUUAUUUUCUUUGAGUUGUGUGGGGCUUUGCCUGGGUCAGGGGGUGAAAUAAUUAAGCACUCCUAAAUUUAUAUAUUAAAAAAAAAAGAAGGAACAAAAGCAUCAAAUAAGGCACUUGACUGCAAUUCAAAACCAGCUACCGCCUGCGACCCGUGGAGUUAAGAGCAUCGCUGUCAAGAGUUGUCAGUGUCUGUUUUCUUUGUAAAAGAGAGAGUCUUCAAAAAAGAUCGUAAUUCUCUACAGCACUCAUAUCAGGACACCACUUCUAAGCUAUCGACUUGCUUUUACUGGAAAUGCAUCUGUUUUCAUUUGAUAAGGGUAGAGUAGCUUUGUUUUUUUUUUUUUUUUUUUUUUUUUUUAACUUGAGACGCGUAGUUACACUGCGUGUACUGCUGCUCUAUCGGAGCCAAACUGAUGUCAAAAACUGCUGCACUGGCAUUGUAAAGAUGAGCAGUAUACAUCAGUAACAUGGUAACUAGCGGUAUAAAUAUACUGCACAUAUAAUAUGGCAAAGCUGUACUCAUCUACAUAUAGUUUGUGAAACCCAUACUGCAGUAAAAAGCAAGAGAAUACCGUAAUUUUUAGUAUUCAACGUGGAAAGGCUUUUUCUCUUUUUCUGAAUCGUUGCAAUGGACACAAGGACGUGUAGCACACCAGAUCAUUUUGUACAAAUGUUUUAUUACACAAAUUAAAGUGAGUGGGUGGGCGUGAGAGGGGGUAACACACUUGCAUGGAAUUCACAGGUGUGCGUUACACUCGAAGAACUACGGGACUUAUUCUAUUGCCAUAUUAUACAGCACAGCAACUUCUGUAAAUAGCAUACAAGUUUAGAAUGGUAAUGCUAUGAUGCUAUACAUCGAGAAUAUACAGUUCAUGUGAUAAGAUAUUGUUAUAGGCUAUGUUCUGCUUUUUUUGAAAAAUACUCAGCUUUGCAAUUUCUUCUGUGUUUAUGGAAAGGUUUGGAGAGUUAUGGCAUUCAGGAACACAACUAGAUAUGGUAAUUUUGAGUUAAUAUUGCCUUUAUUAAAAUUGGGAGUUUUCAGUUUAAUGCUCAAUCCGAAUACUUGGUUUAUGCAGCUCUGGUAUUUAGUGGUCCAGAAAACACAUUUUGUGUUUUUUUUUUUCACUGUGCUUCUAAAAAUAUCAGCUUUUCCAUAGAAAAUGUCAGCAGUGCCACAGUGAGAAACGCUGGAUGUGUUGUUAUACGAGGGAAUCCUUCUUAACCCUUUAAGUACCAAAUACUUUUUUUUCUUUGCAAAAAUCAGAACGCAAGCUAUUUAUGUAAUUUGAUAGGAUCUAGACCAACAUUUCUUCACAGAAGAAAAACUUCAUUUUGGCUACAAACUGCUGCGUCUUAUUUUGAGAAGCUAGACGCGCUCAUAAUCAAACCAGUGUAAGAUCACAAGCUGAAAAUGGAGCUUUAUCAUCACUGCGCGGAGGGAAAACGCCAAGAAAUUCUUUUCAGGCUUCAGUUUCUUAUUUUGGCGUAUUAAAAGCCCAUGAGUUUACUGAAUGAACAACUUCAUUCAGACUUAACGUUUAUGGUUAAGUAGGGUCUCAAAACAAUAUAGUUAAAGAGAAAAUGAAAAUAGCAGGUAAACCGCCAGUUUAAAAUGACGCAGUAGCCUGUCCUCAAAUGAGGACAAUGGUACUUAACGGGCUGGCAACGCAAAAGGAAAACAUGCAAAGCUGAGCAUCUUUUUAAACUGUAACUUAGGACUUGCGUUCUUUAAUUACUGUGAGCCACCGGCCCCUUCGCUUAGUCUGUAAAUAACAGACCACACACAAAAUACAACCAAC